CCCCUUCAGCAAUGGUGCUCUCAAGAACAUCUUCAGGUAGCAGUCCCCAACCCCCUCUUGUUGAGGGUUGCUUUAGGCCCUGAGGGCUGGCCUGGGCCUAGUUCUUCGUCCCUCUGGUUUAGUACUUUACGUUGAAGUACGGAGUGCCCCAGCCUUAGUCAGAUGUUCCAGGGCAGUAUGGAAGCACGGAUUCCACCGGGUGCAGCCCGUCCAUCCUGACUCCCAGCACCCUGUGUGACAGAGUGGAAAGAGGCGGUACUUUGAACCACAGGAUCCUGGCGGCACAGGGGUGAAGCGCAUGCCCGCCAACAGGGGUUCUGCAGGAGAAAGUGCCGCCAAGCUCCUGGACAAGAACCCGUUCUCCGCCAGCAACCCUAACCCUCUGCUCCCAUCACCUGCCAGCCUCCAACUGGCUCAAUUGCAAGCCCAGCUCACCCUCCACCGGCUGAAGUUGGCGCAGACAGCUGUCACCAACAACACUGCCGCCGCCACGGUCCUGAACCAAGUGCUCUCCAAAGUGGCCAUGUCCCAGCCCCUGUUCAACCAGCUCAGGCAUCCAUCGGUCAUCAGUGCUCCCCACAGCCAUCCUGGGGUGUCCCAGCAUGCUGCCGCCCUGCCCACCGCCAGGUUUCCCUCCAAUGCAAUUGCCUUCCCAUCCUCCGGUCAGCCCCGAGGCCCAGCCCCUGCUGGGAGCCUUCCCAGUCAGCCCCCCAGUACUGUGGUGAUACAUCCUUUCAGCGGGGUCAUGCCACAGACCGCCGUCCAGCCAGGUGUCCUCCUGGGGAUUGGCAAGUCUGGGCCCACUGCUACGACGGCAGGUUUCUAUGAGUAUGGCAAAGCCAACCCUGGCCAGGCAUAUGGCUCUGAAACAGACAGCUUUCUGCCAGGCACGGCCUCUGCUGCGGGCAGCGUGAACUACGAAGGCCACCAUGGCCACACAGGGCCAGAUGGCCAACCUGCAUUGCCUAAAGACCUCUAUGGACCCAGUGCCCAUGGCUCACAUCUGGCCAGUGGGUUUCCGGCUGAGCAGGCUGGGAGCAUGAAAGGUGAGGUGGGCCCACUGCUGCAGGGCACAAACAGCCCAUGGGAGAGCCCCCACGGAUUCUGUGGCCAGAACAAGCUGGACCUCACAGCAGGCCCCAGCCUGUGGCCCCCACCCCUCAGCCAGCCUUAUGAGAUGUACGACCCCGAGGAGCCCACCCCAGACAGGACCCCACCUUCGUUUGGCGGCCGGCUGACCAACAACAAGCCAGGUUUGGGCGGUACCAGGCGGCGGGCCAAGGAGGAGCAGGCAGUUCUACCUGUGCGGCCCCUGCAGGCUCAGGAACUGAAUGACUUCCACGGCAUGCCUCCACUCCACCUGCCACACACCUGCAGCAUCUGUGACAAGAAGGUGUUUGAUCUGAAGGACUGGGAGCUCCACAUGAAAGGGAAACUGCACGCCCAGAAAUGCCUGGUCUUCUCUGAAAGCGCUGGCGUCCGCUGUGUGCUCAGCUCGGCCGAGGGAGCCGUGUGUGCCUCACCCAACAGCACGGCCGUGUACAGCCCUGCCGGGAACGAAGACUAUACCUCAAAUCUUGGAGCAUACGUGGCCAUUCCAGCAAGAUCAUUUCCCUCAGCUUCCCCGGUGACAAAUUUCCCACAGCGGAAGGCGGGCGCUGGCCGCGUGGUGCACAUCUGCAACCUCCCGGAAGGAAGCUGCACGGAGAACGACGUCAUUCACCUGGGGCUGCCCUUUGGGAAGGUCACGAAUUAUAUCCUCAUGAAGUCCACUAAUCAGGCCUUUCUGGAGAUGGCUUACACUGAAGCUGCCCAGGCCAUGGUCCAGUAUUACCAGGACAAGUCCGCGGUGAUCAAUGGUGAGAAGCUGCUCAUCCGGAUGUCCAAGAGAUACAAGGAACUGCAGCUGAAGAAACCCGGGAAACCUGUGGCUGCGAUCAUGCAGGACAUCCAUUCCCAGAGGGAGCGGGACCUGUUCCGGGAAGCAGACAGAUACGCCCUGGAGAGACCCCGAUCCCGCAGCCCGGUGAGCCGCUCGCUGUCCCCGAGGUCCCACACGCCGAGCUUCACCUCCUGCAGCUCCUCACACAGCCCUCCAGCACCAGCCCGGGUGGACUGGGGCAACGGCAGGGACUCCUGGGAGCACUCCCCCUAUGCCAGGAGGGAGGAGGAGCGAGAGCUGCCCCCCUGGCGGGAGAAUGGGGAGGACAAGAGGGAACGGACGGACCUGUGGGUUCACGAUCGCAAGCACUACCCCUGGCCACUGGACCAAGGCGAGGUUGAUGAGCGACUGGACGGAGGGAGGGGCCACCGAGACAGGUACCCCCGGCCCGGCUCUCCCACUGCGCCUCACCCCGCGUCCAGCUACAAAAGCCGAGAGGAAGGCUGCUACCGGAAGGAGCCCAAAGCCAAGCCAGACAAGUACACGAAGCAGCCGCAGGAUGCUCCCGGGAGGUCCAGGAGGAAGGACGAGGCCAGGCUGAGGGAGAGCAGACAUCUGCACCCCGAGGAGCCAGGCAAGGAAGACGGGCUAGAGCCCAAGGGUGCCAGGGCCCCCGAGAGCGCCAUGGCCAAGCUGAGUGAGAAAAAUAAAACCAAGAGGCCCGACAGAGACCAAGACGGAGUCGGUGCUAGAAAAGAAAGCAGAACGGCCCAGGAUGAGGCCGGAAAAGAACAGGAGGGCUUGGAAGAAAAUGCCCAAUCAGUGAACAGGCAAGAGAAGGGAACAGAGUCUUUGGAUCUAGAAAACGCCAGGCAAAAGAAAAGCCAGGAUCAAGAUUGGGACAGCGGAAGUGAGGCAGAAGGGGAGAGCUGGUACCCUACAAACAUGGAGGAGCUUGUCACGGUGGAUGAAGUAGGGGAGGAAGAUUUUAUUAUGGAACCAGAUAUCCCAGAGCUGGAAGAAAUCGUGCCCAUUAACCAGAGAGACAAAGCCUGCCCAGAAAUGUGCCCUUAUGUGUCGGCCUCCUUAACCCUGGACUUGACCAAGGAUUUCACCGAAGAGGGAGUCAAGACUGAGGGCACCGGGGUUCCUGAAAUCAUUCCCCCAUCAGUCAAAGAACCGCCUUCUACUUCCGUGAGCUGUCCCAGUGACAUGGACGUGGAAGCAGCAGGCCUAAAUCGGGAUGCUGAGCGGAAGCCAGCUGAAUGUGAAGCAAGCCUCUCACUGGUGGCUUCAGAUUGCCACAGGAAGGAGGCCGGGGACAAGGGCAGCGCAGAUGUGCCUCUGGACCCCGCAGCCCCUCAAAUGGCCUCCCCCGAGCCGGCAGAGGAGAGAGCCCAGCAGCCUAGCCCAGCUCUCGAUGACCCCAAGGUCAGGGGGACACUCGAAGAGGGGGCUUGUGAAGGCAGCGUCCUGGAGGAGAAAGCCAAUCCCUCUACUGAAAGCGAUCUCCAAAACCAGGCUUGUGGAGGAGCGGUGACCCCGGAAACCUCCAGAUACAUGGAAACGAAAUCCUUGGACACAAGAUCGCCAGAAUACUCCGAAGUGGAGCGGCAACAGCCCCUUUCUUUGCCUUCCUGGGAACCGGAGGAUGUGUUCAGCGAACUUAGCAUCCCUCUAGGCAUAGAGUUCGUUGUGCCCAGGACAGGGUUUUAUUGCAAGCUGUGUGGGCUGUUCUAUACGAGUGAGGAGAUGGCGAAGAUGAGCCACUGCCGCAGUGCUGUCCACUACAGGAACUUGCAGAAGUACUUGUCCCAGCUGGCUGAGGAGGGUCUGAAGGAGGCGGAGGCAACAGGCAGCCUGAACGCGAGGCCGGAGGACAGCGGCAUCGUGCCCCACUUCGAGAGGAAAAGGCUCUGAGGUCCCUCCUGCCCUGCCGCUGGCCUUUCUGCAGGGCAGAGACUGAAAGUGGGAAGGAAGGAAGGAAACGCAGGCAGGGCAUGUCGCCGGCCUUGUUCUCGCCAGAGGCUGGGUCCACCCGGCAUGUCCAGCGUUCCGAGGGCCACCAGCGGCCUCCUUGCUGACUGCCUUGGUUCUCGCUCUCGCACACACACAUGUUCAAGCCACCUUUUUCUCUUCCUACUUCUUCCCUGCCUCCUGGCAUACCAAGGGUCAUGUCCUCGUCAUAAACUCCCAGCUUCUCAGGGAUGCUCACAGCGUUCAGAUUCUUGAGAGGGGACAUAACCUGUCAGUCCUAAGUGAGUCAUCGAAGGAAACGGUUUAACAGAAGCCCCCCGGGUAAAGAGGGCCACAUCCGGGGUCUGAAGUGAGGGGUCUGCUUCGUGCCCUUUGCGACAUGGGGCUCCUGCCAUCUGCCGAAGGGGCACCAGAGGGAACCUCUUGGCAGAAGUUGCAUCACGAGCCUCUUCCUGCCUCGGAACCAGCAUGGCAGUAUGCCUGUUUGAAAUAGCCUUUCAUCUGCUCGGUUAUUCUAGAAGCCCGCCGGGUUUGUGCCUUAAGGUGACCGUAAGUGGAGCUUUAGGAGAGGGAAAGGACCCCUGCCGUUCUGGAAACUCCGAUCAGCUCCCCUGAAACUGAUUUCCCUACUCUUGGUGUCAGGAACCUGGAGGGUUUGUUCUGCUCUGGACCUCCCCACCCCCACCCCCACCCCCCACCCCACUGGGUGUCGGGUCGUGUUCAUUAACAGGGAACACAGAGGCCCUCCCUCAAGAACAGCAGUUACUGUGGGCUUCCGUCGGGUGGGAGGCUGGCCCCUCUGCGGGGUGUGCCAUUGACUCCAGAAACAGAAAAACAAGGAAAUGGCACCUGACCUUGACUCACCCUUGGUGCCUGCACUGAGCAACUGGGAGCCUAGCCACAAGGGGAGGGGCCGGGAGGGGAGAGGCAGACUGACUGACAGCCUCUGCCAUGUGUGGGGUGUUUGGAGGUGGGUCCCUGCCAACUUGACAGACAUUGACAGCACCCCAGGGCCGACCCCACAUACAGACUUGGAUGUCAAAGCGUUAAGGGGGUCAGGUCCCUCAAGUGCUUCCAGUAGGGCAAGUCAGGGCCUUCAGGGCCCAGAAGGACUGCAGGUUGGUCGGGGCUGACCUUCCACUGGGAGGAGUUUGGGUCAGAGGUGCUAGGGAAAUGGGGCUGGACAACCGCCUUCCAGGAGACCGCAGGAAGGUCAGCCGGGGGAGUUGGGUGCUGUUUUCCCAAGCAAGAUACUCCCCCUAAAGGCCCGUAGUGGUGGAAACAAAAGGAGGAAAACGUGUCCGUGUCCCUGCGCCGCUCCUGUUGUUUCUGUUUCUGACCACAGGCAGGUGCACCUGGAAGGGGGAGAGAGUGAGAGUGUGUGUGUGUGUGUGUGUGUUGUUGCUACUCUUUUCCUUUGUCUGGUGGCUAAGCCCUCCAAACGAGUGGAAGAAGGGUGGGAAGUUUGUCAUGUGCCACACAGGUAUUCUAGCAAUCAAAGAAGAAAGGAAGGCACAGAAAGACGAGCCGUGGCCGUCAAAUGAUGGUGCAGGAAACGGUGAUCAGGGAGGAGAACUGCCCAGAGGGAACCGCAGGAAGGCAAACAGGUGUGAGGAGAGGCUAGACGGAGCAGGAAACGAACUCAUAGGUGACCUGGGGGCCUCAGGACCAUUGGCAAGUGGGGUGAGUCCUGAAGAUAGCGGCUUCGGUCAGGCCAGGCCUGUUCCCUGGCCACUUCCAGAGGCUUUAGCGUCUGGACUCCACUUCUCAGAAAACCUUUGACCCCUUCCUGCUCCCCCAUGAGCCUUUCUUCCCACUGGAAAGAAGUGUGGGAGGGCAGCCCCGGCCUCCUCACUGAACACUGCCAAGAACAGCCUAGAGCAGUGGUUCUCAACCUGGGGGUCGAACGACCCUUUCACAGGGGUCGCCCCAUUCAUAACAGUAGCAAAAUGACAGCUUUGAAGUCGCAAGGAACAUAGCUUUAUGGUUGAGGUUCACCACGGCAUUGAGAACCACUGGCCUAGCGCCUCCUUCAUCAGAGGCUGGAAACUGUGUUUUCCCAGAGGCUGGCAGCCUCAUCCCCCAGUGAAGUGGAAGCCUACCUGACCAGCUCAUUCCCCAUGUGGCGUUUCCAUGGAAACCUGACAGCCUUUCAAGCAGCUGCCUCCUUCAGGAACGUGAUGGCUCCUUGCUGGAGACCCGGCCUCCAUAUUGGAGGGUUGGAGAGAGCCCCAGGGAGGGCGAGGACCUGCCCGCUCUGCUGUCAAUCUGAAUCUUCCGUUUUGAAACCAUCUUAAGAUUCUCUAUUGGGGUGUGUGUGUGUGUCUGUUUAUUGAUUUCUAUACAAUUCCACUGGCGUGGCCCUUCAACGACUACAUAAUUUUCACUCACUAGUCCUUUGUCACACACAGCACAGUAUUAAAGGCAACCAGGAAAAUGAUGACUGUUUUUAACUCGUGUUUGUCAGCCAUUUUGAAGUAUCUCUCCUAAAAGGUUGCUCAAGGGCAGGUGCUCCCUUGAGUAACAGAUCCGUUGGUACCCCGGGUUAAUGUCACCAAAGGCCUGUGUAACUUUCUUGUCAUUGUGAACACCCAAAAUAAUGUAUGUGGCUGGUAUCCCCGAAGGAGUUGGUAAAUUUGAUGUUGGCAUGAGCAGCCACGUGGGAGGCUGUGAUCGCUUAGAUGAUGCUUGAACUGGACCAGAGCUUUUGAUUUUUUAGCUUAUGGGAAGAAGAGAGAAAUAAAACGAGUUCAGUUUGAACUUGUAAAGGAUUAGACUGUCGAGUGUCCUGUAAGUUGUCACUUUUCAUGAGCUGCAUAACCGCCCGCAAAGCGUUUGUUUUUACAAAAGGAAAAAGAAAAAAAAAGAUUUUUAAUAAAGCAAAUUCGAAAGCUUCUGGCUAAGCGGCAA